UAAGCAAUUUAUAACAAACAAGAGUAACCAGGCCACCCAAUUGCAGUCAUCUUUGUUGUGCUAAUUAUAUUAUUCAGCUUUAUGAAAGAUAUCAUUCCGUACGUUUCUUUUCAAAUUUUUUUCUAUUUUUUCCAAUGGUGGGGCCAUUAGGGGGACAUUAUAGAGGACCUUUUGCAAUGCAUUACAUGAGUCAUUAGGCUUUAGCCAAAUUUCUCAAAAAGUUGAUAAAGCAAAAUACACUAAAAGAUCAUGGGAAGCCAUCGUUGCUGCAACAAACAGAAGAUUAAACGAGGGCUAUGGUCUCCUGAAGAAGAUGAGAAGCUCAUCAGAUAUCUCACGACCCGUGGACAUGGAAGCUGGAGCUCUGUCCCAAAACUUGCUGGUUUGCAUAGGUGUGGAAAGAGUUGCAGAUUGAGGUGGAUAAACUAUCUAAGGCCAGAUCUUAAGAGGGGUUCGUUCUCUCCAGAAGAAGAACAGAUCAUCAUUGACAUUCAUAGAAUUGUAGGCAAUAAUAGAUGGGCUCAGAUAGCCAAGCAUCUCCCUGGAAGAACAGACAAUGAGGUGAAGAACUUUUGGAACUCAUGCAUCAAGAAAAGGUUUCUCUCACAAGGGUUGGACCCAAACACUCACAAUUUAAUAUCUUCUCAUCAGAAAGCCUCUGGUAAGGUUGCAUUCAGUAUAUCACAAAGCCGUCAUCAACAACCCAUUUCAGUUUUCACACUGAAUUCUCAGAACACAGAUUCUAUGAAAAUAGAAAUACCUAAUCGUCUGCCUUCGUCGUUGCUUCAGACCAUGGCCAUAACCAGUACCACUGAAGAUCGAAACCCUAAUGUUGCUUCAAACUCUGGCUGCACACCUUAUAUUUCUUCAUCUUCCUCUUCCUCUUCGUUGAAUUCAUCUGGGUUUGGGAUCAUAAAUCAUGAGAGGGAUACUGCUCCUCUCCAACAGUACUGUGGGACACCAAGAAUAGAAGGAGAGCAACCAAUAUUGAGACAAGAACGGCAAUUAGAGAAAAAUGAGGAUCAUCAGAUUUGUGAGUUGGAAACCGAUCAAAUCAGUGAAUUAGCUAAGGCUAACCAGAACAUGAAUGCAUCAGUUGGGAGCUCUGACUUGGAUCAGCUUCUUGAUCAGUAUAUGGAAUCUACACUUAUGUCUGGUUUAAUGCAUUAUGAUUUGAGCUAUAUAGACGAUCUUGCAUGGAAAUAGCUGUAGCAGGUUUUCAUUUGUGUGUAUUAAUGGGUUUUGCUUUGUAAAGGUGUGGUGCCCUCCUUGCCCAUAUAUACACAAUCGAGAUGCUAUAUAGAAAUGAUCUGGUGACAGGGAUCGAGGUGGGUUGAAUUUGUAACGUUUGAGAUGUGCAAAAAAAAAAUAGCGAUUAGUAAAUAUGAGAAGAGCUACGAGAUUUUAAAACAUUGUUUCAUA